AUGACCUACACCGCCGAGACGAGACCACAAACAAGCAGAACUCAAAGAUGUCUGGAAACAAGCGAGAUGAAAACACUGAGAAAAAUUGCAGGAAAAACAUUGUGGGAUAGAGAAACAAAUGAAAGCAUAAGACGCAUAUGCGAGGUUGACAAUGUUAACACUUGGGUGAAGAACAGAAAACGGGAAUGGAACCAACACAUAAACAGGAUGACGGAACAGCGGAUAGUAAAGAUAGCCCGAGAUAAGUCGCCGGGAGGUCGAAGAAGUGUAGGACGCCCGCGAAAACGAUGGAACGACGACUUAUGA